GCAAUGCAACAUUCAACCUCCACACGUCCGAAAGCAACAUCAACAGGGAUGCUGUGUUAGCAAUGAUGAACAUUGGUUCGGGUUUUACGCAUCUUGAACAGAUAACGGCAACCCUUGAUAUGCCCUGUAUGUCAACCAGAAUGUAUGACAAGUUGCACGAUGAGAUAUGUGAAGCUUGGGAGCAGACAAGCGUAGAAACGAUGAAAAAUGCACCAGAUGAAGAAAAGGCGCUCGCAGUGACUGAUGGACAAGUGGAUGCAAAUGGGGUUCCGCUAAUAACUGUGGUAGCUGAUGGAAGUUGGGCAAAAAGAUCCUACCAUUCUAAUUACAGCUCCUUGUCUGGUGCCGCUGCCAUAAUCGGCUACAAAACGAAAAAGGUCCUUUUUCUAGGAGUAAGAAAUAAGUAUUGCACCAUUUGCAAGAUAGCCGAGAGGGCCAAUAUGUCUCUAACUAAGCCACACAAAUGUUUUAAAAAUUGGACUGGUUCAUCAAGCAGUAUGGAGGCCGACAUAAUUGCGGAAGGCUUUUCUAAGAGCUUGGAGAUGUAUGGCCUAAUAUAUGACAAGUUGAUUGCUGACGGUGAUAGUAACUGCUACAAACGAGUUCUCGACGCUCAUCCGUAUGAAGAUGUCAUAGUAGAAAAAAUUGAAUGUAAAAAUCAUCUGCUGAGGAAUUACUCGAGGAAAAUCCGAGAUCUAAUCAAGGAUACUUCAGCAGGACCUCUUGUUUUGCGUAAGCAGAUUCAGCAAAAUCAAUUAAAACUACGAUGGGCAAUCAGUAAAGCCGUGUCCUAUCGGAAAAGUGAAAAUAUAGAAUUUACUCAAAAAGUAGAGGGCUUAAAAAAGGAUAUACAAAACUCCAUUAGCCAUAUAUUUGGUGAGCAUAAGGACUGCCAAAACAUACGUUACUUUUGCAAUAAGCCAUAUGUUGCACAUGGAACCACGAUGAGUGAUCUGAAAAUGACAGGUGCUCUAACUUGGAACAACCAUUAAUCACCAUUUGCAAAACACCUACUUAGAGCUCACCACAUGGCGAGCAAUAACAACAAAUCAACUGCACUUCAUAACUGUAGUAAAAUACAUGACUUCAAC